AUGGGCCAAUGCGUGAGCGUGGUGCUGGAUUCAGAGGGCAUGCGGCAGCGCAUACAGCAGCUGGAGCAGCAGCUCGAGGCAGGCGGCGGUGGCGGCGGCGGUGCUGCGACGGUGGCGGCGGGUGGCGUGCCUGCUGGGGCAGUCGCAGCUGUGGGGCACGAAGUCCUUUUUUUCCCCGACUCUGCGAUGCCCUGCCGCAACGGGCAGUCGUGCCGCCGCCAGCAGUGCGGCUACGCCCACAACGCCACCAGCCUGGUGCGCCUGCUGCAGUGGAUAGGCAGCGCGAAGCGCAGCCUGGACGUGUGCGUCUUCAGCAUCACCUGUGACGAGUUAUCGGACGCCCUGCUGGCAGCUCACAGACGAGGUGUGCGUGUGCGCAUUAUCAGCGACAAUGACCAGAUGGCCACCAGGGGCUCUGACAUCGAGCGCCUGUAUGCUGCAGGGGUUCCAGUGCGCACUGACAAGGUUGCGGCCCACAUGCACCACAAGUUUGCGGUCCUGGACAACCGUUUCCUGCUGAAUGGCAGCUUCAACUGGACGCGUGCGGGCGUGCUGGAGAACGAGGAGAAUGUUUUGAUCCUGGACGCCCCUGAGGUGGCAGUGAAAUACAGCCAGCAGUUUGAGCGCCUGUGGCAGAGGUACGCCUGA